CCGAUAUCAAUAGAGAAAGGAGACUAAUAGCUUUUUCCUUUUUCUAAGUGGCAUCAGCAAGUUUCAUCUCCAAUCUCUUCGACUAAAAGGAAGAAAUAACAGAGAUGAACAAAUCGCGAACUAAGAGAUGGUCCCAAUACUUGGCAGCGAUUACAGCCACUUUAUCAUUGGCAUCCACGGGCGCCCACAUUGGCUGGACAUCACCAAUGUUACCAAGAUUGAAAUCUCUGGAAUCUCAUGUACAAAUUACAUCCGACGAUGCUUCCUGGAUAGCUUCCUUCUACUUGUUGGGUUCUAUACCUGGCAAUAUUAUAGCCGCUUUUAUAGUAGAUUGGUUAGGCCGAAAAAAUAGCCUUCUGAUAGCUGCUGUACCUUUGGCCAUCGGAUGGAUUUUGAUCAUUAUUGCUUGGAAUCCCUAUGUCUUAUAUGUAUCUCGUUUCAUCAGUGGAAUUGGUCAAGGUAUAGUAUACGUCGUCUGUCCGAUGUAUAUCGGCGAGAUCGCGGAUAAAGAGAUCAGAGGAUCUCUGGGAUCUUUUAUAAAACUGAUGGUAACUUUUGGUGAGCUUUACGCUCAUGCGGUUGGUCCAUUUGUAUCGUACGAGAUACUAUCUUAUGCCUGUAUUCUCAUAUCAAUCGCAUUUUUCGCAUCCUUCGUUUGGAUGCCCGAAUCACCUUAUCAUUUAUUAAUGAAGAAUAAACAAAGAAAAGCUAUGAACAAUCUGAAACAACUUAAACCAAAAUCGACGAAGGAGGAGUUGGAAGAGGACAUGGAUCAGAUACAAAAAACAGUGAUACGAGAUCUCAGGGAUAAGAUUCACUUUUGGGAACUCUUCAAUACUCGUGGAAACAGACGAGCCGUCCUAAUAAGUUUCGGCCUUCAACUGAUUCUCCAAUUCAGUGGUAUAGCUGCGAUAGAGUCCUAUACUCAAGAAAUUCUUCACGAAGCAGACACUGGCCUUUCUGCUGGAAUAGCUGUCAUUAUUUUGAGUGUACUGCAGUUAGUCGCUGGAUUAGGUGCAGCUGCACUCGUCGAUAAAAUUGGCAGAAGACCUUUGCUUUUAAUUACCACUUUCCUCGGUGGUGUCUCACUCACGAUCACUGGUGGCUUCUAUUUUUUGAAAUUUUAUUUAAAUCUUGACAUGGCCGGACAUGGAUGGAUCCUUCACGUUUCUAUAAUUUUCUACGAGUUGAUAAUCGCAUUGGGAUUGAAUCCAUUACCUUACAUGAUGUUAGGCGAACUAUUUCCGACGAAUGUAAAAGGUACAGCGGUUUCUUUGGUUAAUCUUUGGGCUUCUCUUUUGGCCUUCAUCGUAUCGAAGCUUUAUCAAGUGAUAUCCGAUGCCAUUGGAGUUUACAGCGCUUUUGGAUGGUUCGCUAUAAGCAGUUUUAUUGGAGUAAUCUUCAUAUUGUUCUUCGUCCCAGAAACCAAAGGGAAAUCUUUGUUGGAAAUACAGGAGGAACUCAAUUGCAAUAAGAAGAAAAUGGAGGCUAAGAAGAAAAAACAAGAGGAGAUUUAUAUAAGCACCAUAGCUUAAGUCUGAUAGGAGAAGACAGAUAAAGGCGAGGGCCCGGUUUAAGGUUUGACAAACAUUUAUCCUUUUUUUCUUUACGCAUAAUUUUUACACAUAAUUUUUUAAAAAGUAGAUCGUCACUGUCAAUCUGUUUUAAUUGGUAAGGCAAGCGCCGUAAAAAAGUACUAGCAAAAUCAAACAUGAAAAAAUAAUUCUUCAAUGGGCCAAACUUUAACUCAAAUUUGUGAAUCUCUGAUUUACGAUUUUAAGAAUUGCUUUCCUUCUUUAUUACAGAGAAAAAAAAAAGAAACGUGCAAAAGAAAUUACGAAACAUUGAUCGAUUCUUUAAUGCGUUAAGUUUUAUCAUUAGUGGAUCAUAUUAGAUUUAUUUUUAGUUAUUAAGUAAGGGCCCUUAUAUUCCAUUCGAAAGAGCUUGGAUAAACGUUAUGAGAUUGCCAAAGAUAACUGAAAGUUUAUACGAGUAUUAUAGUUUCAUUGAGAAAUAUGACUUGCUCGAUAAAAAAUAGAUGUGUAAUAAUGUCAAAAGCACGUGUAUGUUUCGAGUCGAAUGAACUCCUGUUUGACAAUUUAAUAUUCAAAAUAAUAGUAUAAACUUGUUACGAAGAGUAUUUAGGCAAUCUCAAUCGUGAAUAAUGUGAAUCCAAUGUAAUCACGACUUUCUAAAAGAUUUAUCGAUCAGAGAAGAUGACUGAUCGACGAUUGAUUUCUGAGAAAGUGAGUGAAUACUUCAAAUGCGUUAGCUGGGCCCCCUCAAUAAUAGAGCAAACGCGCAUGACCAUCUUUUCGUCCCUUUUAGGCAGGGUUUAAUAAUGAAAUGAGUGAGACUGAUAGAUUAAUAUUAAUCGUAAAGUAUAUUUAUUUAUCGUAGCACGUUCUCAGCGAAAAAAAAUGUAAAUGAUGAGUGGUUCAUAUGCAAAAAUCGAGAGAACGUUCGACGAUUAGAAACAUCUUCUUAUCCCUUUGAGGCAGGGUUCAAAAUGAACGACCAACGUUAUAUAACGAUUACGAUUAAGCGUUAUUAAAAAAUAUCGCACGCACGAGAGCGAAUGUCGCAAAAAAUGCGCGUGCCAAUGGCCCUGAUGCAAGAAGGAUUGAGCACUAAAGCAUGACUAACUUAUUUUUUCCCUUUUAGGCAGGGUGAAAGAUACAUUAAAGAAAACAAUUUUUAAGCAAUGCUUUGGCGUAGAAUAUAACUGGUCCGAAUAUAUAUAUAUAUAUAUAUAUAUAUAUAUAUAUAUAUAUACAUAUAUAAAAAAAACAA